GGUGAAAAAAGAGAAAACCACAACUGUGGCAUCCUUCGUUAGUAAAUGAUGCUGAGUUUGCACGUCUGCUUUAAGAAUAUUAAGCGAGAACACAGUUCUUUUAUCAAGCAGUUAUUAAGUACAAAAUAAAAGGAAAAAAUGUUAUUGAUUGCCAGGAGCACAAGAAUCGAUUAACAUACGAGAUUGAGGAAAAAGUUCAAGAUAUGUUUGCCAAUAGACAAAAUGUUAACAGGGGACCAUCUCCAAUUCCACCUUCAUAUCAGCGUGACCUGCACCCAAGAUUAAAUUCUAAGCUGCAAAAAGAGAUCCAAGCACGCAUACAAUUACCUGUUAAGCCUCCUCCCUUACCUGAAAGAAUUAACUGUCAAUCAAAAUAUAAGCAACACGCCAAAAAACAAUCUUUAAUAAGUAAACCACGAUAUGCACCGGAACCCAACAUUCCAAGAAGAGGUUCUACCGAAAGACAUACCAGCAAAGCGCUACCACCUUUACCUACGAGUCAACAACCUACAUCACAAGAAGUUAGUAAUAGUUGUGAGAAGAAACCUAAGCAAUACAGGCUUGUUUCUACCUCACCAUUGGCAGAACUUUUAAACAUAGAAAGUAACAAUUUCUAUCCUCAACAAGAUUUGCCAGAAGGACCACGCAACUUAGGUGUUCAACCUUUUCAAAACAAUAAUAGAAGACUAAACCGCCCGCCAGUGGAGAUACCUGUCGACGCGUCACACGACAAAACUGGCUUCACGGCACAGAGAUAUCUAAAUAUAGAAGAAGAUUCCAAGAUUCAUACACACAGACCAGGGUAUAACGUGCUAAAUCAAGAGUAUAGACCUGACCCUCCCUCAGCUCAGAAACCUAACUUUCGCAUUCAGGAAUCACGCACAAACAGCAUGGAACAACGACCUAUCGUUGAAACUCCAUGGAAUUCAAGGCAGACACAGUUCUCCUUACCAGAUUCAAGCAGCAGUUCGGAGUACGUUUAUGAAGAAAUAGAUAACGAUUACGACGACAUGGUAGACGUAGAUAGUCUUCCAUCAAAGUUUCCCGCAAAACUUAAAGACACCAAGGAACAAAUUAUUAAGAUUAAAAAAUUUACAUUGGAUGGUGUUCGAAAAAUUCUACACACGUUGUCACCUACAAAAGAAUCAGCUUCAUGUAAUUCAACCUGUGAUUGUCGAAUGGAGGAAUACACACAAGUAAAAGGAUGUAUUCCACAGUCUGAAGCCACUGUACUUAAUAAUUAUUCUUGGUACAAAGGAAAAAUGAAACGUAGUGAGGCUGAAAAUAUAUUACGAAAAAAACAAGAGGAAGGUUCAUUUGUCGUGCGAGAUUCUGAUAAUCAUCCGUAUACAUUGCACGUAUAUCAUAAAGGCGAUGUUCGGUCUUUUAGAAUAAUAACGAUACCAAAUGCUUCUUAUAGUCUUGAUGGGUUCGAUUUGCAUACUUUUCUCUCCGUUCCAGAGCUGAUUACCUUUUAUCGACGGAAUGCUAUUUUGUUAAGUGAGUCACAGGUACUUCUAGCACUGUAAAUUUUAAAAGAGCUUGCUCAAUUGUACAACACAAAACAAGAAGGACAUGUUGAUUAUUGUAUAUUUUUAAAUAAAAUAUUUAUUACUUUAUUGCGUUAUUAACGUGUAAAUAAUAAAUAAAUAAAUAAAACGUGACUGAA